CUCAGACCUCUUUCACCCUGGUCAGUAACAUCAAAAACACAUGUAGCCUGAUGAAAAACAUGGAUGUUGACUGGUCUGUUUAGACAGAAGAACACGACUGAGCUUCUGAAGCCUGGAGGAGCUUAUGAUUUUGAGACAACAUUGUUAGUAUUUCAAGUUGAAGUUUUGUUAAUAGAAUUUUUUUUUAACAAGUUUUUUUUAUUUUUUAAAUACAAAUGGAUCUUACCGCCAAACAUGGACUGGUGCUGCUUGAGCAGCUGAGGAAGAUGAGGGAGAUUGAGCAUCUGACCGACGUGGUGUUGGUGGCUGAGGGCAUCAGUUUUCCCUGCCACAGGGUCAUCCUGUCAGCCUUCAGUCCAUACUUCCGUGUCAUGUUUACCUGUGGUUUGCGUGAGUGCAACAACAGAGAAAUAUUUCUGCGCGACACUCCUGCCGACAGCCUGGCCCUCCUCUUGAACUACAUGUACUGUUCAGAUCUUCCCCUCACUAAUGCCAAUGUGCAAGGCAUUUCCAUUGCUGCUUUUCUUCUGCAGAUGGACGAUGUGUUCAGUCGCUGUCAGAUGCACAUGAUGGAAAACAUGGAUGCCUCCAAUUGUCUUGGUGUGUAUUACUUUGCUCGUGACCUUGGGGUAGAGGAGCUUGCUGACAACGCCCAGCGCUUCUUGAGGCAGCACUUUGUCCAAGUUUGCCAGAAUGAAGAGAUCUUGGAGCUCGAGGCCCAUCAGCUUGGAAAACUCUUAGCAUCCGAUGAUCUGAAUGUCACACGAGAAGAAACCAUUUUGGAUGUGGUGCUUCGCUGGGUCAAACAUACCACUCUGAUGGAUGGAGAACUCCGUCACCGUCAUCUUCCAGAGCUCCUGAGGAAGGUUCGUCUUCCACUGAUAAACCCGGACUACUUAAAAGAGGCAAUGAGGAGAAACACGGCCCUGCUGGCUGACGCUGAAUGCCUGGAGAUGGUGAAUGACGCCCUGCAGAUCACAGCCAUGCACCCCUCAGCUGCCCCGCGCAAGCUGAAGCUGCGGUAUGGCAUGGAGACCACGGAUCUGCUGCUCUGCAUUGGCAACGACGGUGGUGGGAUCAGGUCAAGAUACGGCAACUACGCAGAGCGCAGCUUUUGCUACGCUCCAUCCACAGGCCGUAGCUACUACAUUACUUCACCUCGCUAUGGAGAAGCUCUGGGAUACGUGUGUGCUGGGAUUGUGACAGAAAAGAAUGACAUUAUAGUAGCAGGAGAGGCAAGUGCGCGCAGGAUGGCAAGACAGAAAGACAUGAACGUUGAGAUCUUCAGAUACAAAGUGGAGGCCCAAGGAAGUUGGGAGCGCUUAACAUCUGCAGAGUACCGUGAUUCUUAUGCUCUCGGAUCACUGGGCGAUACUCUUUACCUACUGGGUGGGCAGAUGAGGCUGAAGAAUCAAUUUCUCAUCACAAAUUGUGUCGAGCGAUGGUCUCUGCAGGGCGGACCGUGGAGGAGUGCUGCACCCCUUCCCAUGCCUUUGGCCCACCACAGUGUGGUCCAAAUGAAAGAUCGCCUUUACGUGAUAGGCGGACGAACCCCACAGUCAUACCGGACGGAUGAUGAGCCCGACCGUCUUAGCAACCGCCUCCUGGAGUAUGAUCCAAACACAAACAAGUGGACAGAGCUCGGUCCAAUGAAGUACUCAAAGUACCGCUGCAGUGCUGUGGUACUAAAUGGGGAAAUUUAUGUCAUGGGAGGUAUUGGAUGCGAUGGUGUGGACCAUGGGCAGUCACGCCACUGUCUGGACGCUGUAGAGAUCUACAAUCCAGAUGGAGAUUACUGGAGGGAUGGCCCUUCACUCCCAUGCUCUCAGCUCUCACUGCGCACUAAUGCAUCCAAUGCAGGCGUGGUGGCAGGGAAGAUUUAUGUGUGUGGAUAUUAUAAAGGGGCAGAUCGUCACGAUGAUAUUACAAAAGACAUUCUGGAGCUGGAUCCAUGGGAGAACCGGUGGACAGUGGUGGCUCGGCGUGCACUGAUGCAUGACAAUUAUGAUGUCUGCUUAGUGGCGAAUCUCAACCCCAGGGGGCUGAUGUCCCCACCUGCAGACUUAGUGAAACUGUGACAGGGCUGUCAGUCAGACUAAAGUGUGUUUGCAAAAAGUCAGUGAUGGAAUGUAAUUAUUAAUCACUGAAGCACUUAUUGCUGAGCUAAAGGCUUUAAAACUCCAUGCAGAAAACAUCUCGGUGGUCUGUAUGACAUGUAGUCAUGGUCAAUGUCUUACUUGCACACUGGAAGGCAGAUAAGUAAUAUGUAAAUACAGUAUGUGUAUUGUUUUUGAUUUCAUUUGGUAACAUCUGCUGAAAGAAAUGUAGCUGUGAGGAAAAUAUCUGAUGACAACACAAGCAACAGAUUUUUUCUGACAGCCAUAAAUGAGUUACAAAGUUGAACACAUGGCUUUCAUAAAAGUUAGACUUAGAAUAUGAAAAUACAGAAAAGACAAAAAAAAAAUCAAAUUGAUACUGGCACAUUUAGUACACGUUUAAAAAUGUUAGAUUUUAUA